AGUUCACUUAUUGGCCGUCGUAAGUUCUAAACGUCAACAUAAAUUUUUCAGCAGUGCGCAUUAUUUUUAUUUUUGGGAGAGUGCAUUGAAAUUUCUAUCAUUUCCUUUGAACAAAUUUUUCACACGACUUUUACGAUUUACUACGAAAUCCACCGAAAGUGAAACAGCAAAAAGUAUUUUUCAAACAGUUAAAUAAGGUGCAUCUAACUAUUGGUUCAGCGGUGCAAGGGCUCAAGAUCAAAGUUCGAAUUAGGCGUAGUGAGAAGUAAAAACUCGCGUAUAAAUUCUUACAAUAUGACAGUAUCCGCUGGGGCAGCUGACUCGAACAGCAAUGUAGCCGGCAACGAAUCCUCAUCCAUUUUGUUGGGCAUCGUAGAAGAAAUUAUCUAUAGCCCUUUAAAUUUAGCACUUGUAGCAGUCAUAGUAUUUCUUUUUUACAAAAUUGUAAAGGAUCGUUAUGAAGUACCCAGGGACAGAUCCGGUGAAGGUGCUUCGCAAAUACCUGAGCUUCCUAAAUUGCGACGAGAUUUCACCAUACAAGAGUUGCGUGCAUAUGAUGGAAAUGGACCGGAUGGUAGAAUACUUAUAGCAGUAAAUGGAACUGUUUAUGACGCCACAAAAGCAAAACGUUUUUACGGUCCAGGCGGGCCAUAUGCGUCAUUUGCUGGCAGGGACGCAUCACGCAAUUUGGCAACCUUUAACGUCGAACCAAAUAAUAAAGAAGAAUAUGAUGAUCUAAGUGACUUAAAUGCUAUGGAAAUGGAUUCUGUGCGAGAAUGGGAGAUGCAAUUCAAAGAAAAAUACGAUCUGGUGGGCAAAUUACUACGUAAAGGUGAGCAACCUACUAAUUAUGACGACGAGGAAGAAGACUCCAAUGAAGUUGUCACAGAAGUCAACGCGACUUCCUCUGUUCCCACCACAAAUGCAAGCAACAACGAUGACGGUGUUCGUAAGCGUGUCGCUAACUCAACCGAUGAGGAAGUUAAAUAAAUAGUAGUUAUCUUUCAAAUAUUUGUUUUGGGAUCACAAUUGAUAGAUUUACAAAAAUUUUAGUUUACUAAAAAAUAUUUAAUUAAAACUUUAAAAACCCUCUGCUGAACAUUUUUACGAUGCUUUUCAGUGGAUCAAUGAAAGAUAAAAAAAUCGCAAAUAUUUAAGCAAUUGCAAUUCUCAUUUGAUUUUAUGCACAGCCUAGAUGAAAUUACGCAAAUUGUGUCUUAUUUCUUUUAUCAAUGUUCAUAUACAUACAUAUACACAAAGCAUAUGCAGGAUUGUGGUUGAUAUAGUCUUUAGCUCAGAAAUCAGAUAAAUUACUUGGCUAAAUUAACUAUCUUUAAAAUGAAAAAAUCUAAAAAUUAAGAUGUUUAGGGAAGGUAUUGGCAAAAAUGAAGAAAUACAGCCCGAAAUAUGUCAUUUACUUAAUUUUACAUAUAACACAAUAUAUGCGUCUUUAGAUGUAAACUUUUAUUCCGACGAACUAUAUACAUAUAUGUUAUGUGUAUUGUUCAAGUAAAUACAUAUAUUUAUUAAAAAAAUUAAUAAAAUUUUUAUUUUCGUCUUGUUUUGA